GUCAUUCUUAUUGUUUUGAUUUGCGUGAAUAGUCUUGUGAAAUGUUUAUAUUUAAAAAAAAAAUAAAUUAUUGUUAAUAUUUUUGUGUGUGAUUAUUAGUUUUUAUGUUGGAAUUUUUAAACAAGUCUAGUCUAGUGAUUAUUUUUAAUUGUCAAUCAUUUUACACCGGCUGUCGAAGAAUGUAUCGCGUUGAGGAUAAUCGUUUGUUUACAUUUUCCCGCAUCUGUGAUGAAAUUGCCGAGGAGCGAAGUUAUUUGAAUAAGGCUCAAAUUUUGGAGAAAUUCUUUAAGAAGGGAUGCAAUAACAAGGAGUUUAAAGGAGAUCUACUGCUAUGGGUUCGCAUGCUAAUACCUUCCGAUUCACAGCGUGUCUAUAAUUUGCAAAAUAAACAAAUGCUGAAGCUCUUUUCGAGGCUAUUCAAUACGGAUACACGGGAAAUGCAGUUGGAUUUGGAGCAGGAGGGUGACGUAUCUGAAACGCUGAGGAAAUUCUUUGAAAACUCCAAUAAAUUGAAACCGCAAAAGGAUAGUUCUUUAUAUCUGCAAGAUGUUGAAGAAUUCCUGGUAAAACUGGAGCAACGUUCGAAAGAGGAUGAACAAACGGUGCUACUCAAGGAGCUAUGCAAACAGGCAACGUCUCAGGAUUUGAAAACUAUUAUUCGUAUAAUAAAACAAGAUUUACGUAUGAAUGCAAAGGCUAGUCAUGUCCUGGCGGCUUUUGGCCCCAUGGCAUAUUCAUCAUAUCAAGCAACAAGAGAUCUAGCAGCGGUGGUCAAACAAUUUGCCUUUAAUAAAAAACAGAACAACAAUAUUUUAACUGCUGCAGCAGCACCCAAAGCAAAGAAAGGUAAGGCAUCGGCAGUUUCGGUACAAGUUAUGACACCCAUAUCCCCUAUGUUGGCCAAUGCCUGCAAUUCUGUGGAAGAGGCAUUUCGAAAGAGCCCAUCGGGUCUUUUUAGUGAAAUAAAAUACGAUGGCGAACGGGUGCAAAUACAUAAACAAGGAAAUGAAUUUAAAUUCUUUAGUCGUAACCUAAAGCCAGUUAUGGAACACAAGGUUAAGAGGUUUAAAGAAAUGAUACCAAAGGCCUUCCCUGGUGCCGGUGAUAUGAUCUUGGAUUCAGAAAUUAUAUUGGUUGACACCAUAACAGGAGAAUUACUGCCGUUUGGUUCAUUAGGUGCUCAUAAAAAGAAAGAAUAUCAACACGCUGAAGUUUGCCUAUUUGUAUUCGAUUGUUUACUUUUCAAAGGAGAAGAUCUUACCACUACCCCCCUCCGACAGCGGAGAAAAAUCCUUGAAGAUAAUAUAACACCAAUCAAAAGCUAUGUACAACUUUCCGAAUCACAUUUCCUCAAGACAAAAACCGAACUCUCCCUUAUGACUGCCAAAGUGCUGAGGGCCCACUUAGAAGGAGUGGUGUUAAAAGAUCCCUCCGGAAUAUAUCAACCUGGUAAAAGAGGUUGGCUGAAGGUGAAAAAAGAUUAUCUCUUUGGUGGACGGAUGGCCGAUACAGCAGAUUUGGUGGUGCUGGGAGCAUCAUAUGGUUCCGGCAAACAAGGGGGUGUUUUGAGUAUUUUCCUAAUGGGUUGUUACGAUGAACGGGAUCAUCUGUGGAAGACGGUUACAAAAGUGCACACUGGGCUGGAUGAUCAGACACGUUUGGAAAUGCAUGAUCAUCUUAUGAAGUUGAUGGAACGGUCUGAUGCCAAACAUUUGCCCACAUGGUUUUUGUGUAAUAAGCCCCUGGUUCCUGAUUUCAUUGCCAAAGAUCCCAAACUAAUGCCGGUUUGGGAAAUUACCGGCGCCGAAUAUACCAAAUCUGGGGAACAUACUGCCUCAGGAAUAUCCAUUAGAUUUCCACGUAUUACACGUCUAAGAAGCGAUAAGACGGCCAAGGAGGCCAAUAAUUUGGAACACUUGGAGAAUAUGUAUGAGGCUUCUAAGAAUAACGUCAAUGUUGAUUUGUUAAUUAAGGGAUGUGAUGAUGAGCCGGAGGAUAAAGUGAAAAUCAAUAGUAAAAUCAAUUUGGAAGGUUGUAUAACAACACCAAAAAGGGAAAUUAAAAAGGAGCCUCUAGAUGAAAGCCCACAAAGCAGCAGCAGCAAAAAGAAACUAACAACACCCUCCUCAACUAGCAAUAAGAAGCGGAAAUCAACAGAACCCCCCGAAGAAGAACUCUUUGUGGAAAAUAAAAAAGUUAAAAUUGAAAAAGAUAUAAAAGAAAAUAAAAAAGUAAAAGAUGAAAGAGAUACGAAGCGAGAUAGCAAAACCAGCGUCAAAAAGCAAUUGACCCUUGAUUUUGUAAUUAAAAAGGAAAUCAAAAGUGAAACGACGGAUGAGAAGCCCUCCACAUCAGCAGCAGCAGCAAACAGCUUAAAAAGGGAAAUAAAACAGGAACCCGAUGAAUAUUCUGGCACAUCAUCGAAAAAUGUACGGCAAAUGGAUGUCGAGCCAAGUGUUACAAAGAAAAGUAGACUAUUUAAAAAUAUUACAGUUUAUUUUAAUGAUGUUAGUGAUGUUAAUAAUUUAAAAUGCCUCUUGGAAGCCAAUGGUGGUAGUGUUACCACAAAUAAAAAAUUAGCCAAUUUGGUAUUGCAUGAAACGUGUAAAGCGAAUAUUACCCCCUCCAACUGUAGGUCGCAAUAUCGUUUAUCGUGUCACCAUUUAAGUAAACAAUGGCUCCUAGAUUGCCUUAAAGAAAAUACAUUAUUGAAUUAUGGUUUAUAUGCAGUUGUUUAUACGUCGAAAAAAUAAUAAAGAUAAAAGGCAUGCCUAUUA